CUUUCUCCUCAUCCACCACCCACUACCGCUUGUUGGUCAUUUCCCCUCAAUUCGGCGACUCCGGAUCGCCGCCCCUGUCUUAAGAAGAGAAAAAAAAAGGGAUUUGCACUGCAGACGGGCUAACGCGACUCGAUCAUGAAAUCAUCCCCCAGAAAAGAACGGCUUCCCAACGGGCGGGAUCGCUGGCUGGCUGGCAGCGGACCAAACGAACAAGAUUCUUUUCGCAGACUAUUGCACCAAUCACGGAUUUCUCCCCGCACACCCGAUCGAGGCGAUGGUCGUGUCGAUCUCAGCGCUUUCUGCUUCCUUUUGCAGGAACUUUGGAAACUCUAUAGUAGCCAGCACAUACUUACUGAGAGGUAAAGUAUA